AUGUCCGAAAACGAAGAUAUAGCGCAGCUUACCUUCCCAGAAAAGCUUUGGUACUUGGUCAAUGAGCCCAAAUGUGAUCACAUUGCCUGGGGCCCUGAAGGACUAAGCAUCGUCAUCACCGAUAGCCAGGAAUUCUCCAAAAACAUUCUCAACAAUCCUGCCAAAACCUAYUUCAAAACAAAAAACCUGACAAGCUUCGUUCGUCAGUURAACCUAUAUGGYUUUCGCAAAGUAUCGGAUCACAAGAGAGUAGGGGAUUCGCGGCAGGACCCCAACAGAUGCGAGUUUAAACAUCCAUCAUUUAGGAAGGACAGGAAAGACUUACUGGAAGAAGUCAAACGCCACCAAAACCACACCAAAAGAGAAGAAUCGCCAAGCGAGGAGAAACCCCACAMCACACCACCAAACAACAUCMCACCUUAUCUCUCUUACUUCCCGAUCAAUUCYAUGUCACCUCCGUUCUCCAUGUGGACCAACUGGGACGCGUACCUCCAAGCCAUGGGUAUCUUUCCKUACCUACCUACKRUGAGCUCGCAGUGUGGGUUUGCAGACAUGCCGAGUCACGUCCCGGCCGAUUACUGCAGUAGAGAAGCUAUGGKACCUCCCUAUGGUGGCUAUAUGCCUCCGUACUACCAGAUGCCACAGUGUGGUUAUAAUACYGAUAUGAGCAUGAUGAAUAACAAUGGUAUUGAUUCAUUGAACAAUGAAAGCAAACCCGUCGACUCCAGCUCGGUAUCUCMGCUGCCCACAGUCAAAGUCCCACCCAGUAAACCAUCUGUCGUCAUCAUCAACAACACCCUGUCCUCCUCACGAGACGUCCCUAACGAAAACGGUGGUUGUUAUGGCAAAUGUGACGUCAUCAAAUAUGACGCCAGCAAAUGUGACGUCAGCAAGUCCACAAAGGCAGCCAAUAGCGUUGGUUCAGACGCUUACGUGUGUCGUGGUGGUGAAGAAGCCAAACAACCAAUACCUGCUGAUCAAAGACCAGAGGUCAGUACACCUACAAAGACUGGUGGUGCUCCUAAGUUCUGGCGUAGAACAGACAUUGUAAGUCCAUUACGACCACCGCCACACGACAUUCACUCAAAGAUAACCGAUAUACAGACCAACAACGCGAAAAUCACAGAAGGAAAACCGUUUGACAAAGAAAAAUUAACUCAUGACGAAGGGGAGAAAGAAUUUGAUGUUGAGUUCCAAAGUAGACGCAAAAGAGUUAGGUUUGAAAUGAAUGGACAGAAUUGA